AACACAGAAACACAGGGUUUGCUUUUUUUUUUGAGACGGAGGGAGUAUAAUACUCCUUUGGAACACAUGAGCUUUAUAAAAAGGAAAUUCAAGGCCAUGUACUACGAAUUUCCAAACGUUCCAUAUUUUGCAGAGAGCUUUGAGGAAAAUCCAAUUGCAAUUGCAAAUAUUGGUUCCAAUAGAAACUGCCGUGUCCGACUCCGACUCCGAUCCCCUUACUACCCCUGCACCGACCUAAUCGUCUAUAAAUACACAGCCCACACUCCCCAAGGCCUCCUCUUUUCAGUUUCCCCAACUCAACUCAACUCGUCUCCUCCCCGCACCCGCCGCCGCGAUCGCGCGCGAGAGAGAGAAAAAAAGAGAAAAACCGAGCAGCUAAGCAAGAGCAAAUGCACGACGCGGCGGCGAACGACGGGGCCUACUGCCCGGACUGCCGGCGCGCGACGGCGGUGGUGCUCGACCACACCACCGGCGACACCAUCUGCACCGAGUGCGCGCUCGUCCUCGACGCGCGCUACAUCGACGAGACGUCCGAGUGGCGCACCUUCGCCAACGACGGCGCCAGCGACGACCGCGACCCCAACCGCGUCGGCGACCGCGCCGACCCCUUCCUCCCCGACCACGUCGGCGGCACCACCAUCGCCUACUCCUCCGCCCCGCCCAAGUCCGCCGACGCCGCCCCGCUGCUGACGAGGAGGAGGGUCGACGUCGUCGGCCCGUCCCCGGAGAACGCGCUCGUCGCCGCGUUCAGGGGCAUCGCCGACAUGGCCGACCGCCUCGGCCUCGUCGCCACCAUCCGCGACCGCGCCAAGGAGGUGUUCAAGAAGCUCGGCGAGGCGCCCACCAAGGGGUUACCGCGCGGCCGGAACCGCGACGCCGUCUACGCCGCCUGCCUCUUCAUCGCGUGCCGCAACGAGGGGAUGCCGCGGACGUACAAGGAGCUCGCCUCCGUCACCGCCGAGGGCGCCGCCGCCAAGAAGGAGAUCGGCAGGCUCACCACCCUCAUCAAGAAGCACCUCGGCGACCAGGGCGAGGGGCGGGCGAUGGACAUCGGCGUCGUGCGCUCCACCGACUACCUCCGCCGCUUCUGCUCCAGGCUCGGCCUGGGCCACCAGGACGUGCGCGCCGCCGGGGACGCGGUGCGCCGCCUCGAGGAGCGCCUCGACGUGCGCCGCAACCCGGAGUCCAUCGCCGCCGCCAUCAUCUACAUGGUCGUGCAGCGCGCCGGCGGCAGCAAGUCCGUGCGCGACGUCUCCACGGCCACCGGCGUCGCCGAGGGCACCAUCACGGCGGCGCACAAGGAGCUGGCUCCCCACGCCAGCGUCCUCUUCGGUGGCUAGGGCUGCACGCCGCCGUGCCCCGCCAUUGAUUCUUGGGUUCUUGGCAUGUGUUCGACGACAUGCCAAUGUCUUUCGACUUGGACAUGUGGAGUUCAUGUGAACUUCGUUUCGUUAAUCCGUGCUUGAUUCGUUCUGUUUCAAGCUGACGAACCGAAUUUGGACUUGGUUU